AUGCCAACUACUCGGAGUGGUACAAAUUCCACACCCGCUCCUACUGCUGAUGCUGCCAACCUACCUGUCAGCCCUGCUACUCUAACUGUUGGCAAUACUGCCGGUACGCCCGCCAAUCCUACCGCACAACCUGGUUUUACCCCUGCAAGCCUUGAGUUUGCUGUCACAGCCCUCUUUCAAGAGCCCCUCAACAGCCCACUCAUGCUUGCUCUUCGUCGUGAUGGUAGCAAUUGUCUCGUGGAUCUCCUCUCCUUCUCUGAGGAUGAAGUCCGUGAACUGAAAUAUGAUACACCUAUCAUCGACAAACUGUAA